AUGAAGAAGAUCAGCCUGAAGACCAUCCGGAAGUCCUUCAACCUGAACAAAAGCAAAGACGACAGCGACUUCAUGGUGGUGCAGCCGCCCUCCCUCCCUGGCGACUUCGGCAAGGAUGACUCCCUGUUUGGCAGCUGCUACGGCAAGGACAUGGCCAGCUGCGACCUGGGUGGCGAAGACGACAAAGGCAGCAAGGCGCGCGCCAAGGGCGAGAGCCUGAUGGGCACGCUCAAGCGGCGCCUGUCGGCCAAGCAGAAGCGUGGCAAGGGCGCAGCGCCGGCGGGUGCAGACGAGGACACCUUCUCCUCGGCCUCCGCGCCCCUGGCCUUCAAGGACGCGCGCGCCCCGCGGCCCAUGCGCUCCACGUCCCUUCGCAGCCACCACUACAGCCCCACGCCCUGGCCUUUGCGGCCCACGGCCUCGGAAGAGACGUGCAUCAAGGUGGAGGUGCGCGUCAAGGCGCUGGUGCACGCUGCCAGCCCCGGGCCCGCGCUCAACGGCGUGCGCAAGGACCUCCGCGAGCUGCAGCCGGAACCGGCCUGCCCCGAGCCCGCCACGCUGCACGCCGGGGAUGCGCCCGGGGACCUGCGGCUGCCGCUGGACGAGCAUGUGCCUGUGGUCCUGGGCCUGGUGCCCCCGGACUACAUCCAGUACACCGUGCCUUUGGACGAGGGGAUGUACCCGCUGGAGAGCUCCCGCAGCUGCUGUCCAGACGGCUCCUCGCCCAUGGAGGUUUCUGCGGGGCCGGGCCCUGGCGCCUUCCCCGGCGAUGAGCCGGGCCUGGGCGCAGAGCACGACGGCACCCCUGGUGCGUCCCCGGCCAGUGGACUGCUGCUCGGACCUGCGGGCGUCCUGCUGCAGAGCCCCCGCGUGCGCCCCGAGGACGCGCCCCCGCUAUCCCCCCUGCUACCUCCCGCGCAGAGCCACCCGAGCCAAAGGAACUUCGCGGGGCUGCCAGGCCCCGACGUGCACGUGGCCGAGAGCGUGCGCUGCCACUUGACGUUCGACCCCACCUCCGCCCCCGGUGUGGCCCGGGUCUACGACUCGGUGCAGAGCAGCGGGCCCAUGGUGGUGACCAGCCUCACGGAGGAGCUCAAGAAGCUGGCCAAGCAGGGCUGGUACUGGGGGCCCAUCACGCGCUGGGAGGCCGAGGGCAAGCUGGCCAAUGUGCCCGACGGCUCGUUCCUGGUGCGGGACAGCUCGGACGACCGCUACCUACUCAGCCUGAGCUUCCGCUCUCACGGGAAAACCCUGCACACGCGGAUCGAGCACUCGAACGGGCGCUUCAGCUUCUACGAGCAGCCGGACGUGGAGGGCCAUGUGUCCAUCGUGGAGCUGAUCGAACACUCCAUCAGGGACUCGGAGAACGGCGCCUUCUGCUACUCGCGCUCGCGCCUGCCCGGCUCGGCCACCUACCCGGUGCGGCUGACCAACCCGGUGUCGCGGUUCAUGCAGGUGCGCUCGCUGCAGUACCUGUGCCGCUUCGUCAUCCGCCAGUACACCAGGAUAGACCUGAUCCAGAAACUGCCUUUGCCCAACAAGAUGAAGGAUUAUCUCCAGGAGAAGCACUACUGA